UGAAUGAAUGAUUGACUUUAUCUUGGAAAGCCUCGCCGAUGUUACCGCGGCAAAAACUGUUUCAGUUUCGUUCACAUGUUCGUCCGUGUUGGAAAGCUUACAAGUCUGAAGUAAUGGCCAAAACAUCUGCAAUUGGAUCCCUCCCGAUGGUUCACAAUCUUGAACAGGGGAAACCGCAUCCCCUAGAGUUUCCUCUGAGCAAUGACGUUAUUAUUUUGCUACCUCCAACGGACACUCCGAAUGGACGCUUUGACUGGAAGGUACUUAAAACUCGUCGAGCAGUGCUCAGGCUGGGUCAAAUCGCGUCAUCGAUCGUAAUUUGUGCGCUCACUGUAUGUUAUGGUCUGCCAGAAACUUUGCUAUUAUUUUUGGCCAUCAAUGCACUGAUAGGGGCCGUCAUUUUGCUGGGUGACAUGGUCAUUAGAGCUAAUCCACUUCGACGAGCCUUCACUGCGGUUCUUUGGUUCAAGGUGGAACUUUGGUACACUGGAUUGGUGGCACUGGCUUUUCAUACGAUGGCGAUGGCCGUGCUGGUGGACGGGGUUCACUGGUACGGAAUCGAUUCCAAUCACGUGGCGGCAGCUUUCGGGUUCGUCAACGUGGUUUUGUACCUUAUGGAUUGGUGGAUAAAUUUCAACAAGCGCCACGAAAUGAUUCAAAGUCUAGAGACGAAACAAGCUAACGAAGUCGAGAAAGAAGCGGUACCUCAAUAGUGUGAUCCAGUGGAGAGGAUUUCUGUUUAGAUGAAAUACGACAUUUUAGGUCGCAUGAAAAUAGAAUGCUAUGUGUUCUAAGUGUUAUUAUUGGUAUAAGAGAACCUGUUGUUUCAUGUCAAAAAAUGUGUAGCGAAUAGCUCUUCACAGAGUUUAGAAACUAGGAUUCAGAUACCGCACAUUUGAUGAGGAAGUGUUUUUUUUUAGAAAAUGUACUAUCACUUAUGUACCUUACUGACAUUAAAAAGAAAUUAUUCUAGUUAAAAA